CGGGAAAAAUAUCCAUGACGCGUGGCUUGCUCGAGACGCUUCACAAAAGACUGGUCGACGACGAAGAAACAGAGCGAGUCAGCGAGCGUGGACGAAGGUGAUGCCGCCGAAGAGGAAGGCGAAGAUCUCGGCCCCGCUGCCAGCCAUCUCACCGAGGAAGACCAGAAGCGCCACUGCCGUGAAGCGGGCUGAAACUCCGGCGGUGGCACCGGCGAGGGUGCGGGCGCCGUCCAAGAAGGCCAAGCUUUCGACGGCCGGAAACGCGGAGGACACGGAUGGCGCCAAGGAAAAGGCCGAUUUGGUAAAGGCGAAGGACGAUGUUUCCAGUGACGCAGAAGCGCUCGCUGCUCCGCCGCAUGCCGCGGCCGCUUCCGUCGGCGCCGCCAAGACCAUCAUCAUCGAGGCGUGCAAGCAAUGUACUUCUUUCAAGACGAGGGCCGUAAGGGUGAAGGAAGGCCUGGAAAGUGCUGUCCCUGGAAUUGUUGUAGCAGUUAAUCCUGAUAAGCCACGAAGGGGAUGCUUUGAGAUACGUGAGGAAAAUGGUCAAGUUUUUGUUUCGUUAUUGAAUAUGCCACGGCCAUUCACCCCGAUGAAAAAGCUCGACAUGGAUGCAGUGGUUGAGGAUAUCAUUAAGAAGAUCACCUGAGUGGAGGAGGUGGUACGUUGGUAUGAUUAUUAAUUUCGAGACAGGUGUGUGUAACAUUGUGGAGUAGUUUCUUGCUUUCUGUGGACUCGAUAGAUUGGUGGUGUCUGUGUUUGCUUUUCGCUCAGAUUUGCGGAAAUUAAGUAGGGCUUCUCGGAUGUUCUGCUGAUACGUAUGACUUAACAUAUCUGCUCGUCAGGAUCUUAUUGUGCUUACAUUUUCGGACGUCAGAAAGCAAUUAAUCUGAUCCACCAUCUUCUUUUUUUA